ACUACUAUCAAAUGAUCAUUUUUGCACCUCCUCUGUACCGGUGAAGAUUACCUCUUUUCUGCAAAACCCAAAAGAAAGUGUACCCAAAAUACCACCUUUUAAGUAACUUAAUUAUACCAAGAAAAAAUCACAAAAUAAAUCCUUCAACAUUUCCUCAUUUCCCUUUACCAAAAAACCCCAGCUAGAAUCUUUAUCCCAAAACCUCAAAAAACCCCCCAAAAAAAAAAUAAAAAUAAAAAAUCAACCAUGGUAUAACCUAUCAAGAAUCCAUAAAUGGGUUUUCCCACAAAGUCAUUUUACAGUAUAUUCUCACUUUUCUUGAUUAUAUUCACCAUUUUCAAGCAACUCCCACUAGCUAAAUCAGCACCAGAUUACACCAAGUUAGUAUACAAAGGUUGUGCAAAACAAGAUUUAUCAGAUCCAACUGGGGUUUACUCACAAGCACUUUCAUCACUUUUUGGUACACUUGUUGCACAAUCCUCAAAAUCUAAGUUUUAUAAGGCUAGUACUGGUAAUGGCCAGUCAACAAUUUCUGGUAUUUUUCAGUGUAGAGGUGACCUUUCUAAUGUUGAUUGUUAUAAAUGUGUGAGUGGUUUGCCUAUACUUAUAGAUAAGCUUUGUGGUAAUAAGCCUGUUGCUGCAAGAAUUCAGCUUUUUGGUUGUUAUAUGCUCUAUGAAGUUGCUGGGUUCCCUCAAAUCUCUGGAAUGGAAAUGCUGUACAAGACUUGUAGUGGCAAAAAUUCUCCAGGUAGUGGAUUUGAGGAAAGAAGAGAUACUGCUUUUUCCUCAUUGGAAAAUGGCAUGGCUAGUAGUAAUGGCUUUUACACAACAAGCUAUCAAUCUGUGUAUGUAUUGGGACAAUGUGAAGGGGAUGUUGGUUCUGCUGAUUGUGCUGAUUGUGUGAAAAUUGCUGUCCAAAAAGCUCAGGUGGAAUGUGGAAGCUCUGUUUCUGGCCAAAUCUUUCUGCACAAAUGUUUUAUUAGUUAUAAUAAUUAUCAAAAUGGGGUCCCAAAAACAUCAUCAUCUUCUUCAGAUUGGUCUCCUUCAUCUUCAGGGUCAGGGCAAAAUGUAGGAAAAACAGUGGCUAUAAUAGUCGGAGGGGUAGCAGCAGCGGGGUUUCUCGUCAUUUGCUUGCUGUUCGCGAGGAAUCUAAUGAAGAAGCACGACGAUUAUUGAAGGGGUCAGAUUAGUUUUACUUAAGACUGGUGAAAGCUUUUCUGAGGUGGAUUCUUUCUUUGAUUGUCUUCUUGAAGGGAAAUGAAUUUUCUUUUCUGAAUCAUUGAGAAGUAGAAAUUAAGGGGAUUUUGUGGCUGUAAUUCUUGGUAUUCUUAGUUAAACAAGGAAUUGAGAUGACCGUUGAUAAAUUUUGGAAGGGGAGCCUUGGCGUAACUGGUAAAUUGCCUCCAUGUGACCAGGAGGUCACAUGUUCGAGCCAUAGAAACAACUUCAUGUAGAAAUACAAGGUAAGUAUACGUACAACAUACCCUUGUGGUCCGGCCCUUUUCUGGACCCGCACCUGGCUGCCCCUUCUAGAUGUAAAUUUUUACAUGUUUGUCAACUAUGAACAAGAUUACAAAAGAGGCCUAAUGGCUUUUGGCUUUUCUCUCCA